UGGACAGGGCGGGUUUGGAGCUGUAUACAAAGUAAGAUCAUGAUUUGAUUCGGUUAAAACCAUCAUCAAAAUAUAAUACAUCAUGAUUUUUCUCCCACAGAUAUUUUACCAUCCUUCACUGAUAUAUUUUCAGGGUCAGCUUUCCAAUGGACAAGGAAUUGCUGUGAAAAGGUUGUCAAGUAAUUCUGGGCAAGGAGAUACGGAGUUCAAGAAUGAAGUGCUUUUAUUGGCCAAACUUCAACACCGAAAUUUAGUGAGGCUGAUUGGUUUCUGUUUGGAAGGAAGUGAAAGGCUCCUUAUCUACGAAUUUGUUCCUAAUAAAAGUCUUGAUUACUUCAUAUUUGAUCCAAUAAAGAAAACACAGUUGGAUUGGCAAAUGCGCUACCAAAUAAUUAGAGGUAUUACAAAAGGCAUUCUCUAUCUCCAUGAGGAUUCUCAACUACGAAUUAUACAUCGAGAUCUAAAAGCAAGCAACAUUCUCUUGGACGAAAACAUGUAUCCUAAGAUAUCAGAUUUUGGGAUGGCAAGAUUGUUUCAGGUGGAUCAGACUCAAGCAAAUACACACAGAGUUGUUGGAACCUAUGGAUAUAUGGCUCCUGAGUAUGCAGUAUAUGGUCAUUUUUCAGCAAAAUCAGAUGUUUUUAGUUAUGGUGUAAUGGUUCUUGAGAUUGUAAGUGGGCGAAAAAGCAUUGGUGCUCGUCAUGGGGAGACAGUGGAGGAUCUAUUGAGCUUUACAUGGAAAAACUGGAAGAAUGGAAAUAUUACAAAUAUUGUAGACCCCACAUUAAUGAAGGGUUCUCGAAAUGAAAUGAUAAGAUGUAUCCACAUUGGGUUACUGUGUGUUCAGGAAGAUAUGACCAGCAGACCAACCAUGGCUUCUGUAGUACUCAUGCUUAAUAGUUAUUCUAUCUCUCUCCCAAUACCUUCAGAACCUGCAUUUGUUGUCAAUAGUAGCACAAGAAGCUAUCCAAACAUGUUGUCGGGUGAGCUUAAUUCAGAGAAAACAGGAUCGACUGAAUCCACGAAUAAACCAGCUCAAUCUUCGGUAAAUGAGGUUUCAAUUACUGAGUUAUACCCUCGCUAGAAUUUGACACAAUACGAGUGGUUUGAAGCUUAAGCUACAUGCUAUUGUAGCUUUAUGUUUUGUUCAAUAUUUUGAUUGUUCUAUCCCUGGGUAAGCUGCCUACAACCUUGUGAAGCUUAAUUUACAUCUUUCUACGGUAAAACGAAAAAUUAAUUGGACCUGAAUUACACAGAUAUUGAUUUUGUGCAUAAUAUUUCUGCUUUGUCU